CUCUGGAAUGUGAUCACGUUCACGCCUGCGCAAAACAUAUUUCCGUAGAAGACGAGAUAAGCGGAAGAGAGGCAGAAUUCAACACGGCGCCUUUCUUCAAAACACAAGCCCACGAUUCGUUGAAUUACAACUUUUGCUACAAUGCCUCUGUCCACCCAGUCUCAGGCCGACGAAGAACAGUACGUUUUCGUGGCCAGUUUGGAUAAUGCUCGUAAUCUCUCCAACAUCCUGAAAGCUAUCACCUUCAAAGAUCAUGCCAUCUUCAGCGCUACACCUAAUGGCCUAAAGGUCACUGUGGAGGACUCCAAGUGUCUGCAGGCCAAUGCAUUCAUCCAGGCUGAUAUCUUCCAAGAGUUCACCAUAAGGGAAGAUUUGGUGGGUUUUCAGGUUAACCUCACUGUUCUUUUGGACUGCCUCAAUAUCUUUGGAGGAAGCACAGUACCAGGAGUAUCAACAGCCUUGCGGAUGUGCUACAAGGGGUACGGUUACCCUCUGACCUUGUUCCUGGAGGAGGGUGGCGUGGUGACAGUUUGCAAGAUCAACACACAAGAACCAGAAGAGCCAAUUGACUUUGAGUUUUGCAGCUCCAAUGUCACAAACAAGGUGAUCCUGCAGUCAGAGAGUCUGAAAGAACCCUUCUCUGAGCUGGAUAUGACUAGUGAGGUGCUACAGAUCACCAUGUCCCCCAGCCAGCCAUACUUCAGGUUAUCUACAUUUGGGAACUCUGGAAACGCUCAUUAUGAUUAUCCCAAAGACUCAGACAUGGUGGAGCUGUUUAAGUGCACCAAGACACAAACCAACAGGUACAAGAUGUCCCUGCUGAAGCCAUCCACCAAAGCCCUGGCUCUGUCCUGUAAAGUCUCAGUGAGGACAGACAGCAGGGGCUUCCUGUCUCUGCAGUACCUGGUGAGGAACGACGAUGGACAGAUCUGCUUUGUAGAAUAUUAUUGCUGUCCUGACGAAGAGGUGGAGUGAUUACAGCGCGUCCAUUAAAUUCCACUUUAAAAUAAGCACCUUAACGUCAGUAGUGGCUGACAGCUGUUUUGAGUGAGUGCAAGACAGAGCCUGCCAAGAGGAGGCAGUGCAGCCAGUGGGGUGCACACAGGAAGAAAAAUGCAGGACUUUUAGUGAGCAUGAAUGGACAUUGGUUCAUCAUUUGCCAAACAGUCUCAUUUGAAUAGAGCAUUGCCUCUGGACUUGAGGGAAGAUAAUGUCACCUACCUGGUCUUGUUGUGUGGAGUGAGAUCACCAUCAUACAGAUCUGUCUGCAUAUAGUACGCAUCUGAUCUCAUCUCUCUGGAGAGGACAUGGCACACUGCUUCUUUUUCCUCAAGGCAUCUGGUGUAGUGCGAGUACAGUUUGUCUUCUCUCCACAGGCCUUAGAUUUCUCUGCACAUACAAUGCCACCUGGCUAUAAUGUGUCCCUAAUGUUGAAUUGUGUGUGCUGACACCUUUCAUGACAUUUUUCUGGAGUAUACAUCAGAUGAUACUGAGAAUAUGUUUGAAUUGUUUUAUUUCCAUGACAUAGAAAACAACUUGUCAAUCGAACUCAAUAAACAAGUUUUUUUUUUGUUUUU